AGCCAACAAGAGCCCCGCCCCCAUUCCCUGCUGCCCAAGUUCAGCUGCUCGGACUGAGCAAAGUGUCUCCAGGCUGAUUGUGCGUCGGUGCAGUCAGUGCGCUGUAACCAUGGGGAAACUGCUCAAAGUCACGCUCAUUGGCAUCCUGCUGGCCUUUAUAGGGGAGAGGAUCGUGCAGUUUUGCCAUCGAGUGAACAUGAAUAGAGAGGUUGAUCCUGUAGAUCUUCCCAAUUGUCAGCUUGUAAAAGGAAUUGAAUUCGGAUCUGAAGAUAUUGAAAUCCUUCCAAAUGGGCUGGCAUUUAUUAGCUCUGGUUUGAAAUUCCCUGGCGUCAUGAGCCUUCAGCCUGACAAACCAAGCAUAAUCUUUCUGUUGGAUCUGAAUGAUGAAAAGCUACGGCCGGUCUCACUGCGUCUCAGUAGAGGAUUUGACGUUUCCACAUUUAACCCUCAUGGAAUGAGCACCUACAUAGAUCCAAAAGAUGACACUGUUUAUCUUUUUGUGGUGAAUCACCCUCAAUAUAAAACCACUAUUGAGCUGUUUAAGUUUGAAGAAGAGGAAAAUGCUCUUUUGCACUUGAAAACCAUUGAACAUGACUUACUGUGGAGCAUAAACGAUAUUGUCGCUGUUGGACCAGAAAGCUUUUACGCCACCAACGAUUUAUACUUCACAGACUUCACCAUGAAACAGCUGGAGAUAUUGUUGGGCAUUGCUUGGUCAAACGUCGUCUAUUACAGUCCCACUGAGGUGAAACAGGUUUCGUCUGGAUAUUAUUACGCCAAUGGAAUAGCAAUGUCAACAGAUAACAAGUAUAUCUAUGUUGCUGAUAUCAUGGGCCACACAAUUGACAUCCUGGAAAAACAAGCAGAUUGGUCACUAACUCCAGUAAAGGUCCUGCAAUUAGAUUCACUUGUGGACAACCUGUUUGUAGACCCAAAUACAGGAGAUCUUUGGACUGGAGCCCACCCAAAUGGAUGGAAGUUGUUUUCUUAUAAUUCUGACGAUCUUCCUGGAUCUGAGGUUAUCCGUGUGCAGAACAUUCAUUCGGAUAAUCCUAUAGUGACCCAAGUCUAUGUCAACAAUGGUUCUGUGAUCCAGGCCUCAUCCUCUGCUGCUGUCUACGAGGGGAAACUACUGAUCGGCACAGUCUUCCACAAAGCUUUGUGCUGUGAGCUCAGUUAGUUGUGCCCAGGCUCCCGAUUCUUGGGAACAGACCUUAUAACCUUUUAAUACUUUCUGCAUCGUUCAUUUUCAAAAGCAAAUGAAUUCAGUUUUUAUUACUUGAUCCUUAAUAACAUGUGGCCAGCCUGUUGUGUUCUGUACAGUCAGUGCACAGUGUCUUGGAAUGAGAAUUUCAUCCAAACCAAUCAAAUUGAUUGUUGAAGAUUCACACUCCGUUUACAGAUCAUCUUCCCACACUGCACCAUUCUGAUUUUAAAGAGGCUCUAUACCACCUUAGUCAACGAAUAGGAAUUGUAUUUUAGCCCUCGUGUUUCAAUUAGGUAGGAUCUGGGGUUUUUGGUAUUUCUUCAACUAAACAUUGAAAAUGGAACUGCUUUCAGUUUCUGACUUUCCGUUUCUUGUGAGCAAUUGUGGGAGAAGGCAAUUUAUCAGAUUAAGGGCUCUUACACAUGAGCGU